AUGGCUUUUCAAUCGUUCUCUUGCUGUCAUCGACAUCCUGCACGUCGAGGUCCCCAUCGGUCCCCUCUGAGGGUGAGAUCGUCGAAUCAGGCCCAGAGACGAAGAGCUAGCCCAUCCUCUGCGCCCGGAUCUCCCGCCUCGUUGAAAGACACUCGAUCGCCACCCCGGCAGAGGUCGCGGACCAGGUCCCACUCGAGAUCCCGCUCUCGCUCCCCGUACAGAGAGAAUAAGACCAAGCGCAGUCUCGACGACCCCGAGUCCUAUGAUGGAUCCUACGACCGGCGACCCCGCAAUGAGCCUCCGCGGCGCUACAGGUCUAGGUAUGACGACAGACGGCGUGACAGACCUGGUCCGAACAGGCGCCCGAACUCAUACUACGACUAUGACCGCGAAGAGACGUACGGAGAAGCGCUACGAUACAGUGAUGAUUACGACCGGAAUGACCGACACAAGGACAAGCGGCAGCGCACCCGCAGCCGCUCUCGAUCCCCUUACCGGGAAUCGAGAAAACCCAAGCAGUAUUCAGGCGACGAACUUGAUACAAAUGUUAAUGCCAGGUCUUCAGCGGAUAAUGGAAGGCGCUUGCCCACUGAACAGUUGGUGAGGGAACGCGGAAAGGCUUCGGUUGGAGCUUCGGACUUGAAGCUUGGUGCUGAAAAAGAAAAGAACCAGGUGCAGGCUUCUUCUAAUCUGAAAGCUCAUGUGGCUGACGAAGAAACCCCUAACCCAGAGCUUGCGCAAGAGCCGGAGCUGGCUGAGCCCAUUGACGAAGCUGCUGCACUUGAAGCUCGUCGGAAACGCCGUGAAGCUAUUCGGGCGAAACACCGAAGCCAAGCGACGCCUCUACAUCUCAAAGCACUGAACGUCGAGGUUGAAACGGAUUCAUCUACGCCUGGCACUGAGCCAACUAGCGCAAAGGAAGCAUCUGAUUCUCCGCGAGCAUCCCCCUUCGAACAACCCGGGGAGGCAUUUCCUGGCUUCGUUGGAAAAGAUAUGGAUGUGGUCAAGGCCAAUGCGCCUGUUGGCACUGACAAGGAUGAGUCCUCUGCUGCUGAUUAUGAUCCAACCCUUGAUACAAAGGAAGAAAGACAAAAACAUGGCAAUGUUCAGGAUGGAAAGGACGACAUUUCGUCUGCAGCAUACGAUGAAACUAAGACUGGCAAGCAAGAUAUCCUCCUCCCUGAUGCUCCCCCAGUGCCACCGCCGAUGACCAAGGCCUUCGAUAUGUUUGCAGAUGACGACGAUGACAUGUUCGCAGAGGAAGAACCUGAUGCCAAGCCGGCGCAUGCUUCGGCCACAGCUGUACCCCAGGGCAGGGAACUAGACGUCAGCAUGAUGGAUAACUGGGAUGAUUCGGAGGGCUAUUACGCCGUUCGACUGGGAGAGCUGAUCAACGGAAGAUACCAUGUCCAUCAGAAUCUUGGCAAGGGAAUGUUCUCGUCCGUCGUACGUGCAACUGACACGCAGACAGGGGGUCUGGUUGCCGUCAAGAUCAUUCGCCAGAACGCCAUCAUGCGCAAGGCCGGUAUGAAGGAAAUUGGCAUCCUCGAGCAACUCCAGGAAGCCGACCCGCUAAACCAAAUGCACCUCAUCAAGUUCGACCGAUAUUUCGAUCACAAGGGCCACUUGUGUAUGGUGUUUGAGAACCUUAGCAUGGACCUGCGUGAGGUCCUGAAAAGGUUCGGUAGGGACAUUGGCUUGAACAUACGCGCGGUACGGGCCUACGGCCAGCAGAUUUUCCUUGGGCUGUGUCACCUUCGGCGGUGUAACAUCCUGCAUGCAGAUCUCAAGCCAGAUAAUCUCCUUGUGAACGAGCAACGCAACAUUCUGAAAGUUUGUGAUCUAGGUUCGGCGUCGCCGGCCUCUGACAAUGAGAUUACGCCUUACCUCGUCAGUCGUUUCUACCGUGCCCCGGAGAUCAUCCUGGGUAUCCCUUACGACUACGCCAUCGAUGUCUGGUCCAUUGGCUGUACCCUCUUUGAGCUGUACACGGGCAAGAUCCUCUUCACGGGGCGAAACAACAACCAGAUGCUUCGGUCCAUCAUGGAGUGCCGGGGCAAGUACCCGCCGAAGCUGCUUCGCCGCGGAACCUUGUCGCCUCACCACUUUGAUGAAAUGCUCAACUUCCACAGCGUGGAGGAAGACAAGAUCACCGGCCGCCUGCACACCAAGAUUGUGGACUUUAAGAAACCGACGCGGGACUUGAAGACGCGCCUCAUGGCACAGGGAACCCGCGGGAUGCCAGAUUCCGAGGUUAAAGAACUGAGCUUGUUCUUGGACCUCCUCGACCGGUGCUUGAGUCUCAACCCUGAGAAACGGAUCACGCCUGCCGAGGCAUUGAAGCACCCGUUCCUGGCCCCUAGGGUGUGA